AUGAGUACCACUACAUCUCUUCAAGCACAACAAACUCAACAAACUCAACAAAAACCAGGUUUUCGUAAAAUAAUGAAUUGGAAUAGCCGAAAAAGCAAUAAGAAGCUUCCUCAAUUAUCAUAUGAUAGUGCUCCAGAAGGAGACGACUCACAAAAAUCACCAAUUCCAGCAAGUCCAACUCCUAGUUUGAAGAGUUUUAAAUCAGGGCGACCUUCCCUAUUUGCUGCUUUUGCUCGUAGAAAUUCAACUAAAAGUGAACAUUCUUCAAGGAGUCGUUCGCCUACUAGUCCUAGACCAUCUAACGACUUUAACUUUAUAUCGGAUGGAAUUAGAACCCCGAGUCCCACACCAUCACGAAAUUCAAUGAUUUUUGAGAGAGACAUUGAAAUUCAUGAUCACCUCAGUGUUCAUGAGGCCAUUGACCUCGCCAUUCCUCCUGUUUUAGACGAUGCUGCCGAAGCUUUUGUUAAUGAAGAAAUACCUACAAUUCUAACAGAAUCACCAAAUGAAAUCGAAGAAGGUGGUACCAGUAAAACUGAUAAUGAAAAUUCAUGGGUCGAAACAAAAGAUUCUGAAGGAAGAAAGCGGUUGUCUUUAAUAAUUACUGCAGACAUUGUUAAUAAUCGAGUACCAAGUCCUGGGCCAUUUGAACAAAAUUCAACAAUCGCGGAGACAUUAAGAGUAACGACACCAAAAGAAAUUAAUGGAUUGACUGGUAUGUUUGAUAAUCUAUUGAAAUAA